CGCACGCACAGGGUCCACCCAUCGUCAAACGAAAACCAUGCAGGAACGAAUGGAACAGUUACCGAAAAACCUCGACACUGCAGUCAGGCCGAUUGCACCACUUCACACAUCGACUGCUUCGUUGCCAAGCCAGAUCAACCCAGCUAUCACUUGCUGCCCCCCUCACUGCCCUCCCCUUGGUCGUUGCCCUCGUCAGUCUGCCCGCCCUGCUCUUUGCCCUCUCCCCCAGCAUCAUCUGGUGCUGGCUGUGGUGCCUCGGACGGCGCCUCGACGAGCGUGCUGUCUCCCCCGAAGUAGAGGUUGCCCUUGCCCUUCCUGUCGUCGCUUUGCAGAAUGCCCGAGCUCCACAACGUCGCCUCCUUCUUGGCUGCUGGUGAUCGGCGCAGCUUUGGCCGUCUUGAUGGUGGUGGUUGUGACGGUGAUGUUGACUCAUCCACUGCUGUCGCUUCCGCACCCUCCGCUUGCUCUUGUCUUUGUCUGCGGAGCAUCGCUGUGCGCCGCAGGAAGUCGCUGGCGUCAGCUGAUGAUGGCUGAUGCUGCUGCUCGUCUUGUGUGGCGGGCAGCGGUGUGCCGGUGCGUGGUCGGCAGACGCCGUCGGUGCCGCACUCCAUCUGCUGAGAGGUCCCUGCAGCAAUCGGCAUCGGCUCAGGAGUCGUCAUGACGGCCGGGGCAGCCGGUGCUGUGGGUGUCGUCUCUGGCGGAUGCUCCUCCACGUCUACCCCUCUCUCCUCCUGCUGAUACUGCGCCCUAUGCCGGUGGGGCAACGGGAUGGGCAUACCCACGACGUCACCCGACACCUGCUUCGCCUUCCAUGCGGUGAGGGUCUUGUACGCCGCCGUCACGGGGGCGAGGUUCCUGCUCUCGUAGGACAUGGCAACCGGGGCGCCAGCAGAGACGUCAGCAGAGUCCUGGAAGCCCACCAGUCGGAGGAUGGCGAGUGCGGGUGGAUAGGGGGCGACGGUCUCGGCUGCUUUGGCGUUGAGGAGGUUGAUGCGCCUGUACUUGGGGUCUUGUGGGUGCCGGGCGACGUUCUUGAGAUAGAUGGACAGAAUGCGCACCGUCUCCUGUGCCUUGUCAGACGUCAUGCCGGGCGCCUGCAUCCACAAAUCAAUCAAUCAACACAGAGAGAGAAUGGUGCAGUGCAACACUAGAAAGAGAUGUAUGCGAUGCGCGUCUCUGUGGCUCUGUAUGUGACCUUGAGGAGCUGAUCGAGCUGUUUCUUGAUGUCAUAGUCGAGCUUCUCACUCUUGGCGAAGCCAAAGGCGGCCCUCCCACACAUGGACGAGAACCGCCUGCAGGCCACAACAAACACGCAUAUGACACGUGCGUCCAUCCACCCAACCAUCCAUGCUGUUGACUUACUUACCGGCUGACUGGCUGCAGUUUCUCCUUCUGUGAGAGUUCCGGCUGCCUCUGGGCCAGCCGUGUGAUGAGCGCCUGGAGCUGGUCGCUGCCGCCGACGCCAGUGGACUUCUCGACGAUGUCGCCGUCGAUGACCGAUAAGAGUGUGGGCAGCCCCUCCACCUCCAGACACUGAGAUAAUGACUUGUGCUUGUCGCUGUUGAUCUUGACCAAUCUGAACAGCACAUUACACACACACACAUGGAUGUGAUCUUUCUGCCUGUGGGCGAGAGGCCUUUCAGGACUGACCUGAACAUGCCCCCAAAUUGCGUGACGACGUCUUCGAGGAUGGGUUUGAGCUGCUGGCAGGGGCCGCACCAGUCGGCAUACACGUCAAUCAGCACAGGCACCGGCGACUCGAUCACCAGACGCUGCAGCUCGCUCUCCUCCGGCUCAAAUAUCACGCUGUUCUUCUCCGCUGGCUCGGGCAUCCUGCCGCCUCCAGAUGCUGGUGCUGCCGCCCUGCCUUUGCCCUUGAGUGUGGCUGUGGUGCGCCCAAGGCUGUCCUGACCCUCACUGACGAACGAGCGAUAGUCGGGAUCACUUGUGGUCCUGCGUCUGAUCAUGGCCAUGACGCGCCGGGUGCUGACGCCCCCCACUCCAGCCGCCGUCUGCCAUGCCUUGAUGACGCCUUCCCGAGCCGUCUGCUCGUCGACGCCUCUCCUGACCUUCCGCGUCACCUUGUCCUCAAAGACUCGCUGCAGCUGCUGCUCCUGCCUGGUCAGGAGGCUGUCUGCCUGCUGGCCUAUCGCCUCGAUGGCUUCACGCACAGCUACGUCCUGCGGCCGCUUGGCGAUGGCCGCAUCCUGAAGCGAAGUGAGUGCCGGCGCGAUGCCGAUCUCACGGACGGCAGCGUCGACCACAGAUGGAGACCAACCUGAGACCACACACACACACACAUGAAAGGUACACAAAGAGAUGAUGACAUGGGCUUGUGGGUGUCUGUCUGUCUGUCUAUCUACCUUUCUGUCGCAGCCAGUUGGCAGCCGCCAGCGUCAAUCUCUCCAUGGCGAUCUUCUCCAUGGCCUGCUGCUCUCCCUCCUCUAUCAGAUCUUCCCCCUGCGUGUCAAUGGCAUAGUACCCCGCCUGUAUGGAUGGGUCGAUGCGGCCGCUGCUGCCCUCCCGUCCCUGCAGGGCCAUCGGCACGCCCCAUGCCCGCUGCCGAAGGGGCACUGUGAGGGUGCCGGUCUCUGACGAUGCCUUGAUGAAGGGCAGCAAGGAGAUCAAGAGGCAAACAGAGGACGCACGCAUGCCGUAGACCAAAGGUUGAUGAAUGAGGCUCCAGCG